UUGGUGGUGCCUGUCAGAGAGGCUGGCGGCAGUGGCGGCUGUCCGGGCUCGGUUGUCAGUCAGAGAGAGGAGGGAAGAUGGUUCGCCCGGACUAGUGCUGCUAGAAGGAGAGGGGCAGGUGGCACGACUGCUGGCGGAGCGCAGUCGCCCGGUCGCCGUGGUCGCCGUGGUCGUGAGGGGAGGCCUCGGUGGGUCCCGGAGCAGCUCUGGUUGCAGGUUUGGAACAAAUGUGAAAAGAUGUUUACCUCAGAGAUAGGGGUUGUAGAAGAAUGGCUGUCAGAAUUUAAGACACUCCCAGAAACAUCUUUGCCAAAUUAUGCCACAAAUUUGAAAGACAAGAGUUCUUUAGUUUCAUCUCUCUAUAAAGUUAUCCAAGAGCCACAGAGUGAGUUGCUAGAGCCUGUGUGUCACCAGCUCUUUGAGUUCUACCGCAGUGGGGAGGAGCAGCUGCUACGGUUCACUCUGCAGUUCCUCCCAGAGCUCAUGUGGUGCUACCUCGGAGUGUCGGCCAGCAGGAGUGUGCACAGCAGCGGCUGCAUUGAGGCUCUUCUUCUAGGGGUUUACAACCUGGAAAUAGUUGACAAACACGGACAUAGUAAAGUACUGAGUUUUACAAUUCCAUCUUUAUCCAAACCAUCUGUAUAUCAUGAACCUUCCAGCAUCGGGUCUAUGGCGCUGACGGAGAGUGCGCUGUCCCAGCAUGGCUUGUCAAAAGUCGUGUACAGUGGGCCCCAUCCUCAACGGGAGAUGCUGACAGCACAGAACAGGUUUGAAGUGUUGACGUUCCUUCUGUUGUGUUACAAUGCCGCCUUAACCUACAUGCCCAGUGUUUCUCUCCAGUCCCUGUGUCAGAUUUGUUCCAGAAUAUGUGUCUGUGGAUAUCCCCGACAACAUGUAAGAAAAUACAAAGGUGUGAGCAGCAGGAUACCGAUUUCAUCCGGCUUCAUGGUGCAGAUGCUGACAGGAGUGUAUUUUGCCAUAUACAAUGGAGAAUGGGAUCUAGCUCAGAAAGCAUUGGAUGACAUUAUAUACAGAGCCCAGCUAGAAUUAUAUCCAGAGCCUCUGCUGGUUGCUAAUGCAAUAAAGGCUUCAUUGCCUCAUGGUGCCCUGAAAUCUAGUAAGGAAGGUAUGAGGUGUAUUCAAGUUGAGAUCACACCAACUUCCUCUAGAAUAUCAAGAAAUGCAGUCACCAGCAUGUCAAUAAGAGGUCACAGGUGGAAAAGACAUGGAGAUACAGAAUUAACAGGUCAAGAAGAACUGAUGGACAUAACUGAAGUUGACGAGGGAUUUUAUUCCAGGGCUGCGUCUAGCACCAGCCAGUCGGGUCUAUCAAACAGUAGUCACAAUUGUAGUAACAAGACCAGUGUAGGAAAGAACCAGAGACGGUCGGGAGGAAGCAAAGCUGGAGCAAAAGAGAGAGAAACUGCAGGGGAAUCUUGCAGAGAUCACUUUGCUCGCAAACAAACCCAGAGAGCCCAGAGCGAGAACCUUGAGCUUCUCUCUCUGAAGAGACUGACCUUAACCUCCAGCCAGUCCCUGCCCAAGCCCAGCAGCCAAGGCUUGGCUAAGACUGCAGCCACUGUAUUUAGUAAAUCCUUUGAACAAGUCAGUGGUGUUCCAGUCCCACGCAGCCCUUCCCCUGCCAUUGGCUGUGUUGCUGGGUCAGAUGCCCACAGAUUUUCUGCUUGUAGUCUCCAAGAAGAAAAGCUUAUUUAUGUGUCAGAAAGGACUGAGCUUCCAGUGAAGUGUCCAGCAGGCCAGCAGGGGCCUCCUAGUAUUAGCAUCACUCUGUCUGCAGAUUGACUUGUAACUUACUUCUCUCCUGUAACCAGUGAAGCUGGAGAGAUGGCUUUGUCCCCUUAUGAAAGCACUGAGUCCUUGAUGCCUGGUCCUGCAGGAGCCUGGCGUCUUGAAUUCUGAAGGCUCUCCUUUGACUAUGAAGGGAAGUAUGUCUAGUUUGCAGUAAGCUGAGAUAUGGUCUUGUUAUUUCUUGGGUACUCUUCUCCCCUUGGUUUAAGUUCUUUAUCCUUUUAUUCUCCUUUCCUGUUACUGGUUAUUGUUGGUUACAUCCUCAGUGAGGUUAUUUUUAAUACCUCGUUUUUUUAGUGGUUGUGUAUUUGACCUGGGGAGGCAAAGAGAGUCUCUGUGUGAGAGGACUGGGCUGCAGAGCCCAGGUGGAGAAGUGAGUCCGUGAAGCCAUGCUCUAAACAGGCACGUGAGAGAACAGCCCUGAGAGCAGACGGGAUGCUGAGUGCCGUGACCACGUCGUGCUGAGGAUGGGGACAGUGUGCUCCACACCGCAAGUUGCCCGGCAGUACAGUUGCAGGGGGAAGCUGGGAGAAUUUCUGUCACAGCAAAGCUGAGAUUGCUGGUAGAUGACAUUCUGAAGCAUGUGACCUGGAUGGCAGGGAUGAAAGUCCCUUUAACCAGCCAUAAAGCUGAUGGACUGUGCUGCUUUGGAAAUCCUACUUAGUUUGUAUUUUAGUGGUCAGAGCACACAUCCCAGAAGACUUCCUGAAAAUCCCUGUAAAUCUUGUAGCACAGCUCCCGGGAUACCAGUAUGAAGCAUUUAAUAGUGAGUUGUCUGUGAAUGAAGGAAACCAGUUCAUUUUUCAUCCACAAAAUGUGGUGAAAGAAAAUUCAGUAGGUGUGGACAGAGGAUGUUUGUGCAUUAGCUUAGGGCGGCUUGUUUAGUUCUUUAACAUAAGAAAAAGAGUGUACUUCUUGUUUGUGAGCUUUAAGUGUUCCGGUUAUGAUAUAGAAAGAAUUCCACCCACUCCUACCAGCCAAGCACCAAGAAAUGUCGUAAGGCAGGAGCUAAACUCUGUGCCCCCUAUAUGGACGCCCAGGCUCGGUGCCUGUGGUCUGCUUGGUUGGCUGGCGCUCCUGUGAGCUGCAGGUGCUGUGGUGCUAACUGGGGAGUGAGAGGAGUGGGGUUAGUGGGGAGGCCUGGGGCACUGUCUGCUUCUUGGCUUUAUUGACUUAGCACGCUGAGGCCUUCCAGGCAGUCCCUUGCUGUGCUCACAGACCAUGCCUACUGUUCCCCUCUCAGACCACAUGGGUCCAGCUCAUGGAGACGAGAAAACUGCACGUGCCGCAGAGUGCAGAGCAUUUACAAUUGAGAUCCACUUUAAAUGCUUACCUCCUGUUUAGACUUGAUGAUAUGAGGCCCGUGCUUUUUUAGCAUAAAUGAGGUUAACAUUUUAGUUUCAGUAACAGAACGAACUGCUGGCUUAAAUUGUCCUCAACAAUUUUAAGGUAACUUGACAGUAAAAUUGAUUGGAAUAAUUUAAUAGUAAUCUUGUAUACAGUUGAAAUGUUUGUAAAAUGUCACUGUGAACUUUUUCUUGUCUUUUUGUAAUUCCUUAAGAACUUUUCUUAAACAUAGUUACUAACAGUGUUGAUAGUAUUAAGAAAUUUAAGAUUGUCAUUAAGCAAGUUAACAAAAGAUUGUCAUUAAGCAAGUUAACAUGCUUGCUUAAGCAUAGAGUAAGUUUAAAGAAACAUUAGCUGACAAACAAGAGAUCAGAAUAAAGUUCAGCUACCAUAAUGAAACCUCACUUUGAUAUUGUUGUAGACAUUUGCUAAUUGUGUGAUCCAAAGACCAUUGGUGUCACCUGGUAUCUUAAUAAAACUUCAACAUUUUGGGGGCAGACCUGAUAAAUCAAAGCUGGCAUUUUAACAAGGUCCCCAGUGUCCACUUGUCAGAGUGCUAACUAUUUGUCUAAUGUAGUGUCCUCAGUGGUCUCACAACCCUCAAGCAUGGGUAUUAGAUGGUAGAUUGUCACAAUUGUCAUAGUUUUUGAUAACCAAGUAGCUUUGUAAUAACAUUGACAUGUGACUUCUUAGAGGCUUUCAUUUUAAAUUCCCACUUCUCACUUUUUUCUGUAAUAAAAAUGUAGCAUCUUCUGCUUCUCUUGUUGGUCAUAAAUGAACCCAGUGAUACAGAUGCUGCAGGUUUUAAGUAGUAGCCCUCCCCACUUUGUUCUUGAGCUGUUACAUGAGACACAGCACAGCUGCACACAUGUCCAUUCUCUUUUACAGAAUCUGUAACAGCUUACACAGUUGAAUGAGUCUGAAGUUUGCUCCAAAUGAUUUACACCAAUUGAUUUUCUCGAGUGUGGAGUUAAGUAUACAACAGAUUCUUUCUACUACUUUUGAUACUAUUUCAAGCACGGAUUGUGCACCUUGGAGGCUUUCAUACCAGCUGCCAGAGCUGGAUGCUGUCAUUUGUGGCAACAGCUGUUCUAAUCACUCUUUCCUACUCAUCUUUCAAAGGUGAGAAGUUGUGUGGCUUUGUAGGUUGAGUUUCUAUUAGGAUGCUAAUAGUGUAGGCAUCUCAUGGUCCCAGGGGAAUAGCUUUUACUAAGAAGUAAAACUGGGGUCUGGCACCCCAUAGUUAGAUCUAGAUUAGGGUUCUUGAAUUGACCCAACCCUUACACUCCUGUGAAGGUGUGCCCUGGCAUGAACCCCUGCAAUCCACGUGAAGAGAGAAGCAGAGUAGACUUUCCCAGGAUUCCUCUGCCCAGGGCUGCCUUCCUCUUCCAGGAGCUGAGCUCAGGAAAGCGCCUCAGAAUGGCCGGGACACUGCCCGAGCCCUUCAAGUCCAUCUCUGUAGCCCUGAAGAGCAGGAAUUCCAGAACCACUGGUUUGUUUUGAAAAAGUAGUGUUUCAUUGCCCUUUCAAUUAUAAAGCAACAACUCUGCAAAUAUUACUCAAUUGUAAAAAGUUGAAUUAAAGGGAAAUAUGUCUUUAAAUCAAAAUAGAUUUUUUUUUUAAAAAAGAUCCCAGUUUAAAGGGAUUUUUGCCUAUUUUGAACUAUCAUAAUUAAAAUGUUGAAUGGUAAAUUAUGGAGGGAAAUAUAUACUCUAAAACAUGAUUUUAAGCAAAGAGAGUUAGCCAACUUAGGUUUUACCUCUGUAGGCACAUUAAGCCUCCAUAAGGGAACUCACACUGAGGAAGCACACGUUAAGUAUUGUAACUGAGAAAGGCUGAAACACAGCGUUGGACACUAAGGCAUUGUAGAAAGAAAUUAAUGUACAAUAGUGUCUUCCCACUCUGAGUGAAAGGCUAGAACCCGGUCUUUUAGUGAGCAUGAGUUUACAUGUGCAUGUUUGUGCUGAGUGCUGGUACACUGGGUAAUAGAGCUGUGUGCUUUGAUAGUUGCUCAAGUCCUCACCAGAGAGCACUUGUGGGCUAUGUCCCAUGCUUUGUAACUCGCACAUAUCCAAAAAGCCUGAGCAUAAAGGAUUUGAAGAUGUUUUGUGUUUUGCAGUAGAGUGCUAGUGGACAUGAGCCUCCAUUGUUGUAUUUCUGGGCCCCACUGUCUCUCUUGUUGGUACUGACUGUGUGCCUCUGACUUUACUUCAGAUCAUGUGGUAAUGCUAAACUCUUCUCACAAAGACACUUGUCAUUGUAUGCCUAGCCUUUACAUUCCUAAGAAUAAACUUUGGAUAUUUUGUUGUGCUCUUUGUGUUUUUAAGGUAUGAAAUAAACUGGAGUUGAAUUCUUUGAA